AAGGAAAGAAACUGGUUGUGUGAGAAUUGUCCCAUUUCAUUUCCGAUUACCCCCCAAACGAAAAGCCUCUGAGCUUGUCACUCAAAACGCUUCCCUCGUUCUUCUUGGUGGGAAAGCUAAAUGGAAAAGAUGUUGGUUGUGAGAUCACUGUACCGCUCGCUUUGCUCCAGAUCUUAUCAUGUCGCCGCCGUCAGCCAAAGCCUGCUCCGUCACCACCACUGCGCUUCUCGAAGCCUCUUCAAUCUCUCGUCCCCAUCUCCCUCCGCCUCUCCCAAUCGCCUCCUCUCCGAUUGCUUGUCUCCUUUUUCGAUGGGCAUGGGAAGCAAACGAUUCUAUAGUGAAGAUGUAACUCACAUGCCACUCAUAACAGACUCUGAUCUUCAGAAUGUUUUCAAGGAUUUGAUGGCUGCCAGUUGGGAUACGCUUCCCGACUCUCUCAUUCAUGAAGCGAAGGCAGCAUUGUCUAAAAGCACUGAUGACACAACUGGCAAGGAGGUCUUGACAAAUGUUUUCCGUGCAGCUGAAGCAGUUGAGGAAUUUGGCGAUAUUCUUGUAACUUUGAAGAUGGAACUUGAUGACAGAAUUGGAUUGAGUGGUGAGGGUGUAGGGCCCUUGCCAGAUGAGUUUAAGAAUGCGCUGCUCACAAUUUACAGUCGCUACACUAGUUAUUUGGAUGCAUUUGGGCCUGAUGAGACCUAUUUGCGGAAGAAAGUAGAGACAGAACUGGGGACAAAGAUGAUACACUUGAAGAUGAGAUGCGGCGGCCUUGGUCCUGAAUGGGGAAAGGUUACAGUUCUUGGAACUUCAGGACUCUCUGGAUCAUAUAUUGAGCAAAGAGCUUAGACCCGUAGUUUUUGAGAAGUUCGAUGUAAUUGUGAGCGUUGUGUUUAGAAUAAUGUUUUUCAUUUUAUGGAGACAGGCUUGUGUAUUCUCUUCUUGAAAACCUUCGUGGUCAGGGUUCAAGGGCAGUCAAAUAAGAGUUAUGUUUGUUGACUACAAUGAAAGGAACAAUGUUCAAUUCAUCCUUAAAUGUCUA